AUGCGACUUGAAGUCCUUUGCUUUCUCAUAGGUGUAGCGACGGCUAUCGUCAUCAAACAACCAUUGACAUGGAAAUUAUCUAGGAGAUUUGAUAUGAUAAAACGCGGCGUGUAUAAGGAUUACCUGAAACGGAUGGAACUUCUUCGGGCCACGGCUCCACGAAAGUAUCCCAACAAGGUAUUAGACUAUAGUGACUACGAGUAUGUCUCAAAUAUCACUAUUGGAACACCCCAACAACAGUUUGUCAUAGUUCCCGAUACUGGGUCCGCAGACUUAUGGGUACCUGGUCUUAAAUGCGAUGAUUCCUGUAAUUUCAAACACAUGUUCAGUGAAUCCUGUAAUUUCAAACACAUGUUUGCUGAAAAUGCUUCAAGCACCUUUAUUGGUUAUAAAACAAAAUGGCGUAUUGAGUAUGGUGAAGGGGACGCAAAAGGUGUUAAGGCCAAGGAUGUAGUCAGGUUUGGAGGAGAAGACGAACCACAACUUGUCAUCCCCAACAGCACGUUUGGCAUUGCAAAUCACAUCUCUGCGGAUUUCAAAGAGGACCCAACAGACGGUGUUCUCGGACUUGCUUUCUCAGGGAUUUCUGCCAUUAAAGGAGGACCUCCAUUGCUUAAUGCCAUAAAACAAGGUCAGUGCUUCCCCCUUUCUCUCGUUUUUUGGCCCUAUAAAUGCGCCAAUCCUAUUGAAUGA